AAUUAACAGAGAAUCAGAAAAUAUGUGUAAAUGUCAAGUAAAGUACAUGUCUUAAUAAAUACAUUCAGCCCGUGGAAAAAGGAGCUGUCAAUUCUUGAUAUUAAAUUUACUUGUCAGAGGAUCAGUUGGUGUACUGGUGCUGACAGUCAUAAAUAUUGAUAACAGUACUCAUUGUGUAGUAAUAGUAAUAAUAAUAAUAAUAAUAAUAAUAUUAUGCAGCAUAAAUCAUAAUUAACAGAACAGGGGCGUGAACAAAAACACACGAUUGAAUUUGUAACCGUGAUAUUGAAUGUCAAUUGGUGAUCAAUGACAAACACUUGUAAUCUGGAUAACCUUUACAAUAAGGAAUUACCCAUUAUUUGUCACAUUUGUUUGAACUUAAAAACUAGUAUCUAUUGUUAUUGUUGUUGUAAUUAUAGUUUCAAUUGUAUGAGCAACCAUUGUUGGUGCAGUUCAAAUUCAAGAGCGACUGCGACAGAGAGUACGAGGAUUUGUCACCUCGGACGAUAGUCUCAGUAAUUACGUGAUGCCAUGAGUGAAGAGGACGAUGGAGAUGAAAGCGAAACAAGGUCUCGUAAGAGACUUGGAUUUAACUCUUCAACCUCGCCCGGCACCACGUUACAAAGUUUGGCUGCCUCUGGCUACUCAACAGCUACGGCUGAGAAGCCUUUAUCAAAUAAUUGGCUACAAUUUAGAGACAGAUAAAAGUUUUGAAACAUGCUGGUUCUAUUUUACAUUACAUCGUUCGAGUAUGUCUUCGCCUUUGUAUACUAGUGAACCUAUUGACCAUGUUAGUCCGAAAUGGUCAUCUUUAGAAGUGCCUACUUUACAUGCUACUGGUCUCUCUACUGCCAAUGAAAUAGUCUUACGACUGUGGAGAAGAACAGUAGCCAAUGAUCCAACAACCGACGUUACAGUAUUCACCUGGGGAAUAUCAUUCACAGGUUUAGUUUAUAUGGGACCUAAGCUCUCUAACAAUUUAGAAUCAAUGUUAAGACACAAUUCACUAAUCUUCCAACUGUAUGGUGGAUUUUUUGUACCAUCUUACUGCCUUCUUCACCCACCGGAAUUUCGUAGAUAUUUGUACAUGAGUGUCAAUAACUCGGAGAUUUGUGACAGCUACACUGUAGGCAAGCUGAGUAAUCUACGAAGUUUGAUGCAGUCGCUGAAGCAGCGGACUGAAAGUGCUCAAACUUUGCGUGACAGAAUAGCUUCUGGAGAAAGCCUGGAGCCCAAGUUCAAGCAGACGACGUUGAGCCGGCUGCUCCAACCGAAGCGGAUGAGCAAGGAGAAGAAGGCCGAAAUUCUUAAGAUCCGUAAAGAGUUAGAGAUUGCCAAAUUUAGAACAAAAUUAUUAGAACAAGAGAGAAUUAGAAAGGCUGGGGAGCUGAGAGCGCUCAACCAGCGACAUCUGAGUAUUAUGGAAGAGAAUCAAGAUCUGGGCUCACUGCUGAUGGAGCGUUAUCGUGAGCUCCAUAAAGACAUGGAACGGCUGCGUGAAUGGAAGCAAAAUCACAUACAGAUGCGCGAAUGUUUUGUUCAGACAUCAGCCCAGCUAGCAUACCGUAAACGUCAACUUAUGUCUGAUUUAAAUUUCAUUUAUCCAAUAAGACAAGAGUCGGAGCGUAAAUUUACGAUUAGCAAUGUACAUUUACCAGAUAGUGAAGAAUUGGAUACUGUAAACGAUACUCAGACGGCUGUGGCGCUUGGUUACGUCUGUCAUGCUACUCAGAUCAUCGCCAACAUACUCAAUGUUCCCACAAGGUAUCCAAUUAUCCACAGCGGCUCGCGCAGCAGAAUACUAGAUCAUAUUACCGAGAAUUAUCCAUCAAAAGAUCGGCGGUCGCCUUUGUUUGCGAGGAGUAAAGACAAAGUUCAAUUCAAUUAUGGAGUUUAUUUGUUGAACAAAAAUAUUGCUCAACUAAGAUGGUACUGCGGUCUUCCUACCGCUGAUCUACGCACUACACUGUCUAAUUUAGCUUCUCUGAUGAAUUUGAAGCCGAGUCAGUCGUUGGAUAAUUCCAAGAGAACUUUCUCAGGCUCAUCAUUGGACACUGACAAUAGUAAUGGUAAGCAACAUAAUAUAUCACUGACUCCGCCGUUUCAAAAAAUAAUUAUUGAUAAAGAAUUGAAGCAGCAUCGACCAAUGAGGACCAUGAGCCAGUUGAAAAAUUCUAAAACAACUCUGGGUUCGUCUUUGGACCAAGGAUUAGAUAAACCGUCGGCUGCUCUGGUGCUGGGUACGGAAACCAAGCGGAUUUGUAAAUCAGAAGAAAGUGCUAUUGAUGACAAAACGAUAUCGCUGUUUCGCGACAGGCUGAGUAACAGCAGUGAGGAGAAUGUUUACAUGGGUGAGAAAGGUAGAAGGUUUAAUAAAGAAUCUUUAUCAACGCCUGGGACUAUUGAAACUGAUAUCGAGAUAACGAUACCCACGUCUAUUUGUUGCAAUCCAAAGUACGAUGACUCAAAUUCAAGGCAGAGAAGCUCGAAUUCUAUCAGCAGUUGUGAAAUGGCUUUGAGCAGCUCGACGACAGACGUUGAUAGACGUAGCAAUAAUCCUGGUGAUAAAGUCAAUGGCGGAGAGUAUCCCUCGCUGGUCGAGGUGCUCGAGGCUACUUUAAUGCGAUCUGUUAAUAAUAGUCUGAGUCAUCAGCAUAAUUAUCAGCAGUAUCGGCGUGCUGACGACGAACAUUCAAAUAGUGCAAUGUCGAGUGAGAGUUCAAGCUCGGCGUUAGAGAAGACUGAAAAUGAGAGGAGUCAAGAGACUUUGACGUACUUGAAUGAUAAAAAGAGUGUCAAUGGUUCUGUGGGUGAUAUUAAUAGUAGUGAGACACUGUCUAGUUCCGUUGUGUCGCUGGUUGACACUGGGAACUCGUGUCAGCGAGCUCAAACUAGGUCUGACAUUGCUUCUAGUUGUCCUGAAAGUGCUAAAUCUUUUUACGACGACAGCCAUGUUGUGACUCAGAAAAAUUGGAGAACUGAGUCAAAUCCUAGCAUAGAAACAUUAACAGGAUACGAACAAGUAAAAAAAAGAGAAACUAUAUCAGUUACAUCUCAAUCUCAGCCAAAUAAAGUGCAAGAAGUGAUAAACGAUUAUCGUACGUCUUCAGAAUUUAUAGACUCGAUACGGCGAAGCUCGGAAAAUGUUUUCGCAAGAACAGAAGCGUUAGCAAGUAAAAAAACAAGUUUCAAAGUUAGGAAACCACGUUCAUAGAUACAUUUUCAAAUGCAUUCACUCUAGCGAUAUUUAGUUACUAAAACAAUAAUAAUAAUGAUAAUAAUAAUAACAACAAUAAAAGCCUAUAUUUAA